CCAGUCAAAGGCAGACUCAAAGCUGGUGUUAUUUGCAGCAGACAAAAUUUGACAAUGUAUUCUUGUUCGAUAAAAAAUUACGUAUGGUUGUUGAAAUCUCUGAAUUAAAACUUGACACUGUUGUUUUGGCGCCUACUAUUGGCUUUCAGGGUGGGAUCUCUCGGGUCUACGAAUGAACCCCUUUUUUACACUCUCCAAUUUCAUUGAGUUUCUUAUUCAAACACCCUUCUUUUCUCUCUAUUCCCAUCUGGGUACAGUGAUUUCCCUAUCAUUUGAGCAAUCUGCUUAUCUGGUUUGAGGAGUAUGCUACAAGAUUAGGGUUGAGAAGUAAGAAGUGGAGUGGGCGAGUGGCCGGUAUUUGCCUUCACGUGUGCUCGGAUAUUAUGGGACUCCUGUGCUCAAAGAGUUUAAAUGGUGAGAAAGUGAAUGUAGAUGCUGAUCUAUGUGCAGUGGGCGGAGGUGUUCAUUCUAGUAAUAAGUGGACUUCCAAACAAACUGAUUUGGCUGUAGAACCAAAGCGCGGAAGCCUAGAGGAACAGUUGCUUGAUCUAGAUGAUCGACAACCUGAGGAACACUACUUGAAUCAUGUUCAUUGUAACAAUAGAAUGGAUAAUAACCUUGAUGAUUAUUAUGAUGGAAUACCUCGUAUUCCGACAUCAUUAUCACAUAAGUCAAGAUCAAUGAGGUCUACUCAGGCUGCUGUUGAAAAGGUGUCUGAAAUGAGCGUACGUUUGGGCAGGGCUGGCACCAUGGGGCUUGAGAAGGCGGUUGAGGUCUUAGAUGUGCUUGGGAGUAGCGUCACGGACUUGCACUCAAGAAGUGGAUUUGCUUCUGGAGUUCUAUCAAGAGGAACUAAAAUCUCUAUUUUAGCUUUUGAAGUUGCGAAUACCAUCAUGAAGGGUGCUUGUCUUAUGCAUUCCCUGUCAGAGUCACGUGUAUGCCACUUGAAAGAAGAGGUUCUUCCUUCAGAAGCUGUGCAAAAGUUAGUGUCAAAAAAUAUGGAUGAACUUCUUAGCAUUGUUGCUUCUGACAAGAGGGAAGAACUAGCUAUAUUUUCAGGAGAAGUGAUCCGCUUUGGGAAUCGCUGUAAAGAUCCUCAGUGGCAUAACUUGGACCGUUACUUUUUAAAACAAAGCAGAGAAGUUGUUCCUCGUAUGCAACUGAAGGAGGACGCAGAAUCAGUGACGCAGCAGUUGUUGAUUUUGGUUCAGUACACUGCGGAGCUAUACCAUGAGUUGCAUUCCUUACAUAGAUUUGAGCAAGAUUUCCAAGGAAAAAGCAGGGUAGAAGAACUUAAAAAGCAGAAGAAACUAGUCAACAAAUUGAAGAAAAGAUCAAUAUGGAGCAGGAGUUUGGAAGAGAUAAUGGAGAAACUUGUGGAUGUUGUCCUUUUUCUGCAUAUGGAGAUUCGUAAUAACUUUGAUAGUGAUGGGCAACUUGAAGAUACAAUUGCAACAGUUGAAGAUCCUGUAGGGAAAUUCCAACAGCUCGGACCAGCUGGUCUUGCAUUGCAUUAUGCCAACAUUGUUUUGCAAAUUGAUGGAAUCGUGGCUAGAUCAAAUUCCAUGCCUGCUAAUGCUCGGGAGUCAUUAUACCAAAGCCUGCCGCCAAGUAUAAAAUCAUCUUUACGCUCCAAGCUGCAAUCAUUUCAUGUCAACGAAGAGCUGAGCUUGCCGGAUAUUAAAGCUGAAAUGGAGAAAACAUUAGAGUGGCUUGUUCCAAUUGCUUCCAACACUGUCAAGUCCCAUCAUGGGUUUGGUUGGGUUGGCGAAUGGGCGAAUUCUGGGUUUGAGGCAAGUGAUACAUCUGCAGAAAAAGCUGAUGUGAUCCGCAUUGAGACCCUGUAUCAUGCUGACAAGGUUAAGACAGAAGCUUACAUUACUGAUCAAUUAGUCUGGCUACAUCAUUUGGUUUCCCAAUCAAGAAUAUCGAGCAUAAGUUUCAGCAUCAAGUCAGUUACAAAACCACCUACUCUACUCCACAAAAGAAAGCAGGCCUCAGAACUGACAACUUGUAACGAACAAUCUAAUAAACCGACAGCAGACGAGCAUCAAAUAUUGAAUGUCAGUGCAGUAGAGAAUCAGACACCAGAAAUCAACAAGAGUCAGAGUCUUGAUGUCAUUAAAGAAGAAGGGUUGAAUGUAAUCAAUCAAGUGAAUGUCCUUGGAUAAUCAAAUUUAUGCUCUGCCAUUGUUAUUGUUCACAUAAUGCAAUUUGGUGCUGCAAUGGUGGAUACUAGCAUACUUCCCCAAUAUUGUGUUAUUUCUUUUUCUCCAUCCAA